GAGACAAGAGACGAAAACAAAAAGCACAGUGCCUCUCUCUUAGACAGAACGAGACGAGCCGAAAACAAAAAGCAGAGGGCCUCUCUCUCUCUCUCUCUCUCGUUCUUUUCUCCAAUGGCAUCGUCACUUCAUGAUGCUCUGACCACUUUUCAGGGCUAGUUUAGGGUUUGGCUGUGGCGCUGGGAAGCCAUGGUUCCGGAUGACUACCAGAGGAAGGACCGCGUAGCCGUGGUUGUGAGUUUGUUUCUUGCUACUCUCUCAGUGGUUUCCUUGCUGGUUGCCUUCAGCUACUACUGCUAUAUCCGCAACAAGGUCUCCAAACGCUUCAGGAACCGAAUGAGAAUUGAGCAUGAGGACAAAGAGAAGGGUGGCUUUGAGAAGUUGCAAGUUGCUACUGAGAACGGCCUGCAUGUAUUCGCCUUCAAGCAGCUUCAUUCUGCGACUGGAGGUUUCAGCAAGUCUAAUGUGAUUGGACAUGGUGGGUUUGGUUCAGUGUAUAAAGGAGUGCUUCAAGACGGGAGAAAAGUUGCCAUUAAGUUUAUGGAUCAGGCAGGGAAGCAGGGGGAAGAGGAAUUCAAUGUGGAGGUGGAAUUAUUGGGUCGACUUCGGUCUCCAUAUUUACUGGCAUUGCUUGGGUACUGUUCGGAAAUUAACCAUAAGCUUCUUGUUUAUGAGUUCAUGACAAACGGUGGUCUGCAGGAACAUUUGUAUCCAAUCAGUGGUUCUGACACUGUUUGUCCAAAGUUGGACUGGGAAACCCGACUGAGAAUAGCUCUGGAAGCUGCAAAAGGUCUGGAAUAUCUGCAUGAACGUGUAUACCCUCCAGUAAUCCACAGAGAUUUUAAGAGCAGUAACAUCCUAUUAGACAAAAAUUUCCAUGCAAAAGUUUCUGAUUUUGGAUUGGCAAAGCUAGGAUCUGACAAAGCUGGCGGACAUGUUUCCACUCGCGUAUUGGGUACCCAGGGUUAUGUUGCACCUGAGUAUGCAUUAACUGGGCAUCUAACAACGAAAUCAGAUGUGUAUAGUUAUGGUGUCGUCCUUUUGGAGUUGCUUACAGGCAGAGUUCCAGUUGAUGUGAAAAAAGCACCUGGGGAAGGAGUUCUUGUAUCAUGGGCUUUGCCCCGGCUCACAGACAGAGAGAAGGUUGUGCAGAUUAUGGAUCCUGCUUUAGAGGGCCAAUAUUCAAUGAAGGAGGUUAUUCAGGUGGCUGCUAUUGCUGCAAUGUGCGUGCAACCAGAGGCAGAUUACAGGCCACUGAUGGCAGAUGUUGUGCAGUCGCUGGUUCCCUUGGUGAAAACUCUCAGGCUUAAUUCAAAGGUAGGCAACUGCUCGAGCUUUCAUGCUACGCCGUCUCCCACAGCAAAUUGGUCUGGGCUUUUGCAGUUCUCUAGUCCUAUGUUUUAAGCAGGAGAUAGGCUGUUGUAGUUUUGAGUGCCCUUCGGAGAAGAAGCUCUGACCUUGUUAGAAGGUUCAUGUAUCAACGACUUUAUUGGAACAUGGCCCCAAAACAAUAUGGUUGAUUUCCUGAGAAUUUAGUAGCUAUUCUAAUUAAUUAGUCUUUGACAA